AUGAGAUUGCUCGCUGGUCUUACUGAUGAUGCAGCAAAAGAGCUUCAAUCCUUCUCAAAAUGGAUUUUGGAUAUUGGAGAUGGGAAAAUAAAUUUGCCUAACGACGGUCAAGUGAAGAGAAGGUUUACCUUAGCUCUGACAGUAUUAUCCCAUCCGAUGUUGACGGUAGAAGAAAAUGUAGUAUAUCCUCCAGAGUUUUUGAACAGUGUUAAAGUGGUUGGACUGCCUAGACAUUAUUUGAAGCUGAAGGUUGGUGCUCAUAUUAUGUGUCUCUGUAACAUGGAUCUUGCAGAUGACUUAUGCAAUGGUAGAAUUAUAACCGGAAACACUAUUGCUGGAGACAAAGUCUGGAUUCCUACAAUGUAUGUCAUCCCACCUGACACAAUGUUUCCCUUCAGAAUGCGUCGAAGACAGUUUCCCGUUACAUUGGCUUUCGCGAUGGCCAUCAACAAAAUCCAAGGUCAAACACUAGAAAGUGUUGAUUUGUUUCUGCCUAGGCCAGUGUUCCUCAUGGUCAGCUCUACGUUGCACUUUCAAGAGUUAAGUCGAGAGCUGGAUUAA